AGUACUUGUACUUAUGUACAAGGAGACUUUAUUUAACACUAAUAAUCUUAACUCUUCUCUUCCUAGUGUGUUUGUAAGUGUUUUGCAGGAAUAUGACGAUGUGUUUCCUGAGGAGUUACCUAGUGGGUUGCCACCACUAAGGGGGAUAGAGCACCAAAUUGACUUUGUGCCGGGGUCAUCCAUUCCAAAUAGACCAGCCUAUAGAGUCAAUCCGGAGGAGACCAAAGAGCUGCAACGCCAAGUUGAGGAACUACUAAGUAAAGGUUAUGUUAGGGAAAGUCUUAGCCCAUGUGCUGUUCCUGUUUUGUUAGUCCCUAAGAAAGAUGGGUCUUGGCGUAUGUGUAUUGAUUGUCGUGCAAUUAACAAGAUUACCAUUAAAUAUCGUCAUCCUAUUCCUAGGUUAGAUGAUAUGUUAGAUGAAUUGCAUGGAAGUGUUAUCUUUACUAAAAUUGAUUUGAGAAGUGGCUAUCACCAAAUUAGAAUGAAUAUAGGUGAUGAGUGGAAAACAGCAUUCAAAACUAAAUUUGGUUUGUAUGAGUGGUUGGUCAUGCCUUUUGGCUUAACUAACGCACCAAGUACUUUUAUGAGACUAAUGAACCAUGUUUUGCGUGCGUAUAUUGGUUUUGUUGUUAGUAAAAAUGGAAUUCAGGUCGAUGAAGAUAAGGUAAAAGCAAUUAAGGAGUGGCCAACACCAAAGAAUGGACAGAACAAGUUGAAUAAGCGCCAUGCUAAAUGGAGUGAAUUCAUUGAAGCAUUUCCCUAUGUCAUUAAGUACAAGCAAGGUAAAGAAAAUGUAGUAGCCGAUGCACUAUCUAGAAGGUAUGCUUUACUUGCUUCUCUAGAAACAAAAUUGCUUGGUUUUGAGUAUAUCAAAGACUUGUAUGUUGAUGACCACGAUUUUGGUUCUAUUUUUCAUGCUUGUGAACAUGGUGCUAUUGAUAAAUUUUACAGACAUGAUGGAUUUUUGUUCAAAGAAAAACGUCUAUGCAUUCCUAUGUGUUCUAUGCGUGAAUUGCUUGUGAGAGAAUCACAUGAAGGUGGUUUGAUGGGACACUUUGGUGUUCAAAAGACUUUAGAUGUUUUGCAUGAUCAUUUCUAUUGGCCUAAAAUGAAAUCUGAUGUGAAUAGAUUAUGUGUUAAUCAUAUUAAUCUUGCUGUUGGGAGUGCAUCAUGA